UUGAGCAGUGAGCGUCAGCACUCCCGGGAACUCCGCAGCGGCGCCUCCCGCAGGGCCACCUCCGGACGACAGCCGACCAGACAGCCAAGCUCCGCCCGCCGCGCACCGCCCCGCCCUCGGCCACGAUGCUCCGGGCCGCUCUGCUGCUCAGCGCCGCCUUGGCCAUCAGCCACGCAGCAAAUCCUUGCUGUUCCAACCCAUGUCAAAACCAAGGUGUAUGUAUGAGCACAGGAUUUGACCAGUAUAAGUGUGACUGUACCAGAACAGGAUUCUACGGUGAAAAUUGUUCAACACCUGAACUUUUGACCAGAAUAAAACGACUUCUGAAGCCCACUCCAAACACAGUCCACUACAUACUUACCCACUUCAAGGGGGUCUGGAACAUUGUCAAUAAUAUUCCCUUCCUGCGAAAUUCAAUCAUGAGAUAUGUGUUGACUUCCAGAUCACAUUUAAUUGACAGUCCACCAACUUACAAUGUGCACUAUGGCUACAAAAACUGGGAAGCCUUCUCUAACCUCUCCUACUAUACCAGAGCCCUUCCUCCUGUGGCAGAUGACUGCCCAACGCCCAUGGGUGUGAAAGGGAAGAAGGAGCUUCCUGAUUCUAAAGAGGUGUUUGAAAAAGUUCUUCUAAGAAGAAAGUUCAUUCCUGACCCCCAAGGCACCAAUAUGAUGUUUGCAUUCUUUGCUCAGCAUUUCACCCAUCAAUUUUUUAAGUCAGAUAGGAAUCGAGGGCCAGCUUUCACCACAGGACUGGGCCACGGGGUGGACCUAAGUCAUGUUUAUGGUGAAACUCUGGAUAGACAACAUAAGCUGCGCCUCUUCAAGGAUGGAAAACUGAAAUAUCAGGUGAUUGGUGGAGAGGUGUAUCCUCCCACAGUCAAAGACACUCAGGUGGAGAUGAUCUACCCCCCUCACAUCCCUGAACACCUUCGGUUUGCUGUGGGGCAGGAGGUCUUUGGUCUUGUGCCUGGUCUGAUGAUGUAUGCCACAAUCUGGCUACGGGAACAUAACAGAGUGUGCGAUGUGCUUAAACAGGAACAUCCAGAGUGGGAUGAUGAGCGGUUGUUCCAGACGAGCAGACUAAUAUUAAUAGGGGAGACCAUUAAAAUUGUGAUUGAAGACUACGUCCAGCACUUGAGCGGGUAUCACUUCAAACUCAAGUUUGACCCAGAGCUGCUUUUCAACCAACAAUUCCAGUACCAAAACCGUAUUGCUUCUGAGUUUAACACACUUUAUCACUGGCAUCCCCUUCUGCCUGACACCUUUCAAAUUCAUGACCAGGAGUACAACUAUCAACAGUUUCUCUACAACAACUCCAUAUUACUGGAACAUGGACUUACCCAGUUCGUUGAGUCAUUCACCAGACAAAUUGCUGGCAGGGUUUCUGGAGGCAGGAAUGUGCCAUCUGCAGUACAAACAGUGGCCAAGGCCUCAAUUGACCACAGCAGAAAUAUGAAAUACCAGUCUUUCAAUGAGUACCGCAAACGCUUUAACCUGAAGCCUUACAAAUCAUUUGAAGAACUUACAGGAGAAAAGGAAAUGGCCUCAGAGUUGGAAGCCCUCUAUGGUGACAUUGAUGCCAUGGAGUUCUAUCCUGCCCUCCUGGUGGAAAAGCCUCGUCCUGACGCCAUCUUUGGUGAGACCAUGGUGGAAAUUGGAGCACCAUUCUCCUUGAAAGGACUUUUGGGUAAUCCUAUAUGUUCUCCUCACUAUUGGAAGCCAAGCACUUUUGGAGGAGAAGUGGGCUUUAAGAUCAUUAACACUGCCUCAAUUCAGUCCCUCAUCUGCCGUAACGUGAAGGGCUGUCCCUUGGUCUCAUUCAGUGUUCAGGAUCCACUGCUCACCAAGACAGUCACCAUCAAUGCAAGUGCUUCUCACUCCAGACUAGAAGACAUCAAUCCCACAGUACUACUGAAAGGGCGUGCAACAGAACUGUAGAAGUCUAUUGAUCAUAUUUAUUUAUUUAUGGACCACACCUUUUAACUUAAUUAUUUAAUAUUUAUAUUAAACGCCUUAUGUUACUUUCCAUCUUCUGUAACAGAAGGCGGCAGUACUCUUAUUAGAGAGGAAGGGGUCACACUUGUGGAAAUUAUUGUCACUACUUUUAAAGAUCAUUUUCUUCCACUUAAGGGGGAAAAACAGUUCAUUCUUUUCUUUAGAAAACAAUGGGAAGUGACUUUUGACAUGUUUUUACUUGAAUUUCAGUGUAUAGUAUGUUUUAAUAAGAACAAAUGCCAAGGUAUUUGAACAUUCAAAUACUUACAAGAUGGAAAUGCUGCAGUUUCUACACUGCCAUUAUUUUUAAUCUGCCUUUUAUGCUGCAAUAGGGCAACUAGGGUUGGAAUUUUAAAGGACUUGGGUAUUAAUCUGUCAUCAAACAAGGGUACAAGAUAUUUAAAUGAAUGUCUAAAGCAGACACUACCAGUAAUUUCAUGUCUUUUUAAAGCAGCCUUGAAAUAAUAAUUUGAAUCUAAAUCCAUGGGUAGAAUCAAUUUUAACAGCUCAUUUGCUAAAGUUGUCAAACUCUUUACUCAUAUCAAUAAAAGAAGCAAUCAGAUUUAAAUCUCCAAAACCAGUAGAAAUUAUAAUUACUGGUUAAAAUAUUAGAGAUUUUUGCUUUUUCACUAGGAGAAAAAAUCCAACAUGACUGUUACAACCGCCUUUUAAAUCAAAAUAUCAAAUUUGGGGGUUUUCACUAGUGAGUGCAAAUUUAUUUAUAAUGUGACUGUUACAACUUCAUUUUAAAUCAAAAUACUAUUUAUUAAGUUGGUUUCCAUAGACCCUUGAUUCUUUUAGAGUCCAGUUCCAUCUUAAAGAUUUUAGAAUUUGUUUUUAUGAACAAUAACAUGCUGAAUUUAGGACUUGGGAGGGUGAGGCAGAAGGAUCUAGGUGAAACAGCAAUUUAGUGAGACUUGUGUCACAAAAGAUAAAAAGGGAUUUUUUUCCUGGUAGCUACUUUGUUA